AACUCUUUAAUACAACAUUUAUACACAGGCCCUCAUUUGUCAACAUAAAAACGCAGCCUAAAUGUGUUAAUAUUAUCAAGAUUUAUCUCAUUCGGAUUUUAAAAAACGGGGAUAUGUUAAAUCGAAAAUGUAUUGAAUGUUUAGCAAGGUGCUACGACUCCUCUACGUCUGACUGAUGGAAAUUAUGCAAUGAUGUUCUUCUGCACCUGCAAGUCCCCCUCCUCUGCACACACACACAUAACACAUUGAUAGUACAAGGGAGGAGGACAUUCGGGUGGAGCAGCGUUGCGUGCUGCAGCGGAUACUCUAGGUCGUUAACGCGCGCGGUUCGUCUGUUGCAGAACAGGUGUAGGUCGGUGUGUGUGUGAAUAAGAGAGGCGACAAUGAACCGUAGCUGGUGUGUCUGUGUGUGAGAGGAGCAGGAGUAGAAGAGAGAAAGAGAGAGAGACAGACAUGGAGGACUCUGAGUCCGGUGGAGAAGAUGGUAUGGUCGGCGGCUGGCGGUGGAAUAACCGAAACACCGGAGCUCGAGACCAGACUCAGCUAAGGCAGAAGAUCCGGGAUUUACCGGGACUGUUGAAACAUGGACUGCACCUAAGGAAGAAAAGCCAGUCACCGGAUACCAUCCCCGGACCCAGCACCAGCCCUACUGUUCACAAGUCCUGCUCCCAGAGUUUCCCGUGUGCAGGGCGUGCCGUGAGGAAUGCGUUCCUGUCUCAUGGUCCGUACCCUGCUAAAGACAAGAUUCACCUCGCCAGGAUCAUAAGGCGGAGCUACGUGGGUGUAGAGCUGGUCCAGUGGCUGUGUGAGCAGUGUGUGUACGUGCGCUGUCGGAGUAUGGCCGUGCGCGUCUGGCAGGUCCUACUGGAGCUGGGCAUCCUACUGUCUGUGGACCAGCGUGUGGUGUUUGGGGACUCUAACUCCUACUACCAGUUCAGCUUUGAGGAGUGUGAGUCUGCAGCCUGCGAGUUCUGCGGCCUGGAGAAGGAGGCGUGGCCAGAGGCUGUUAGGCUCCUCCUACAGCUCGUCCCAUACGUCCAGUUCAGAACUGGGUCUGAGGAGGACUCGGAGGGGAACAGAGAUGUCUGCGGGGACAGCUUUCUCCAGAUGAAAGCACUAGAGAGACUCACCUCCACGGUCCAGAAUGAGUUGGCUGCUGCUCUUGCCCUCAAGGCUCGCAAAGCCAUGGCAGAGCAGGAUGGCCAAGAGUCACCAGACUCCACUCCUCGACAGACACCCACACCCAACGAGGAGAACACCAUGUCCCCUUCCUUACAGCUGGGGGGGGGGGGUGUGCGGCCGGACGGUGUGUGUGGCCGCGAGGAGCUGACCAGACUAGAGCUGGUCCAGAGACUGGCUGCAGACAGCUGCAGACUACUGCAGAACCAGAACUACAGAGUACCAGACCACCGCAACCCCACCGGAGAGGCAGUAGGGAGGGUGUGUCUUAAGGAAAGGGGUCGGGACGUCCUUGUGCUACAGAGAGUGCCAUCAUCAGUGACAUCACCUAACCCCGCUUCCUCGCCAUCAUCAGUGACAUCACCUAACCCCGCUUCCUCGCCAUCAGGGGGAGGGGCCAGAGAGGAGGACGGAGAGAAGAGGUAUGUGGUGGUGUCUGGAACACCCCUGAAGAUUCUAGAACACCUGCUGAGUGACCUACGACUGGAUGACCAGAGAGGAGCACCGGAGAGCAGAGUGUCUGAGCUGCUGCUGGAUGACUUCCUGUUGACGUACCUAGUGUUCAUGACGACCAAUGACCUCUGUCAGGCCCUGCUCGGACACUACAGCAGUAAGCGUGUGCAUGGUCAAGGUCAGGAGGAUGGAAAGGAGGCCCUCUAUAGGAAGAGGAAAGUAUUACACCUAGUUGCUCACUGGACACGCCUAUAUAAGGACUUCCUACGAGAGGACGAACACAUCAAAGCAUUCAUGAAGACUCUCUCCAGGUGUGUGUUAGAGGAUCUUUAUGAGUUUCCGUCUCUGGAGAAAGACAUGAAGGAGUUCCAGAAGCUUCUACGACGUAGACACACAGUGGAUGAAUGUCCUCCACAACAAAAGAGUAAGCCUCUGUUCCAGCAGCUUAGUUUAAAGGAGAACAGUCUGCCACUCCGCUUCCCUCGAGCUGACACCAAAGAGGUGCUGUGUCGUGUGUAUGUGAGUGCUGAUUCGUACCUGUGUGUUUACACACACUCUUUGCUGAGCGUGGCAGAGCUGCUGAGGAUUGUGGGUCAGAAGAUGGACCGACCAGAGGAGGACAUGGUGCUGGUGACACACACACCUACUGGAGAGAGGAGGAUGUUACAGGCUGGUCAAUAUGUGUAUUCUGAGACUUUGACGCCACAGAGCAAACUGAUGGUCUGUCGGAGGGACCUCACACAUAUUAUGGCCCCUCUAACAGACAGUGAGCUGAGUAGGAGAACAGUGAGGUUGCUGGGUAUCAACACCUGGGAUAUGGCUGCUGUUCUCACACAACUGGACUGGAACCUCUUCAACUCCAUACACGAGCAGGAGUUGGUGUAUUCUACAAUGAGCUGUAGUACCGGAGGCAGCCACCGGGAGGGGCUAUCUGUAUUGCUGCAGCGCUGCAACGAGGUCCAGCAGUGGGUCAUGUCUGAGGUCCUGAUGUGUGUGUCACUCAACAAACGAGUCCAGCUGCUCAAGAAGUUCAUCAAGAUUGCAGCGCACUGUAAGGCCCAAAGGAACCUGAACUCAGCAUUUGCCAUCAUCAUGGGACUCAACACAGCAGCCGUCAGUAGACUCAACAUAACCUGGGAGAAAGUUCCGGGGAAAUUCAAGAAGAUCUUCUCUGAACUGGAGCUGAUCACAGACCCUUCUCUGAACCAUAAGGCCUACAGAGAUGCCUUCAAGAAGAUGAAGCCUCCUAAGAUCCCCUUCAUGCCCCUGCUGUUGAAAGACAUCACCUUCAUCCACGAGGGAAACAAAACCUUUCAGGACAACCUGGUCAACUUCCAGAAACUGCACAUGAUCGCCGACACAGUGCGUCUGAUUCGCCACUGCCAAAGCGACCAACUCGGUAACGAGGUGGUGGGGAGCGACAGUGCAGAGGUCAGGGCGAGCGUUCACUACCUCCACAUCAUCGACAAUCAACAGACACUGUUCCAACUGUCACACAAGCUGGAGCCUCGCGCCUGAACACACACACAGAAAAUACACUUUGUGUUGAAGGUGCCAUGCAAGCCACCCGGCUCUUAGCCAAUCACAGUUCAGCAUCCUGAUUCAGCCAGCCAACCACAGAGCUGCACACUGAGACGGCGUUCAGACUGAAAAUGUAUAUCUGUCAACCUGAUUCAGACUGUUUUUCUAUGAAGGUCAACCUUUGACGGACGACAAAGACCAAGGAGAAGACAGACGGCCAUUCUUUAUUGUUCUGUCAUGAAUACUGUUUUUAAGCUACUCUCCAGAGGAGUUUGUACAGUUACUGAGAUUGUGUUUCUGGUCUUAAGUUAACAAUUAGUUUCAUUGUAUAUGAAUGAUCCUCAGUAGGGAAACAGUCAAAAGACUGUAGAUAGUAACUGUUAGUAUAUGACUGGAAAUCAUGCAGUAGACGUACAGCAGAUGUAUACUGUAUGUGUUCAGGCCACAUGGUGAGAUAUGCCUCUGGAUGACAGUGCCAAAUGUCCGGAUGGGGGAGAGAUGCCAUAUACAGAUUACACACAUCCCUUUUUAUUUGUAUCUGUAGAAACCACAAAGCCCUCAUCAUUUCUGCUCCUGUCAUACCACAACAUAAAGGUCCUACUAUUACACAUUGUUAUUGGGCGGUAAUACCACGGUAUUAUAGAGAUUAUUAUUACAUUGUUAUUACACUUUUACUGACUGAAGAGCGGUUUCAAUGCCUGUUACACACAGAUUUCACUAGGCAACAUUGCCUUGGUUCAAACACAGUCAAUGCAUUCAACACUGAUCAAGUAAAUCACUGUUAAGGCCUGGUGUAUUCACACUGACUGACCAAGUACAUCACUGUUAAUUAAGGCCUGGUGUAUUCACACUGACGGAUCAAGUACAUCACUAUUAAGGCCUGGUGUAUUCACACUGACUGAUCAAGUACAUCACUGUUAAGGCCUGGUGUAUUCACACUGACUGAUCAAGUACAUCACUGUUAAGGCCUGUGGUAUUCACACUGACUGAUCAAGUACAUCACUGUUAAGGCCUGUGGUAUUCACACUGACUGAUCAAGUUCAUCACAUGUACAGUGUUCAGGUGUGUAGAAGCAGGGCAGUAGUGCUAUAUAACUAUUUAUUGUAAUAUUUUGUUUAUUUAUAUUUCUCUACAGAAUGUGACAGUCCUGUGUGCCAUAUCACACCGGAGCUGUAUAAAGACAGACCUCGGUAAAGAUUUGCAGGACAUAUGUGUAAAUACAUUGAACUGUGUCCAAAAGGUUUGCUGGUUGAGCUGAAAUGCUGUAAUGUUUAAAACAGGAGACUAGGGAGUGGAGUUGGUCCAGGGAUUGUUACUGUCCUAUGUGAUUUCAAAAUGGGGGGGGGGAGAAAAAAGAUGAAUGAAGAAGAGACGGGUGUUGUUGUUUUCUUGCCAUGAGGAUGUAAAGUUCUGUUUUAAAGAAUGUUGUUGUUUGCAUGACGUGACAACCCCACCAGAUCACAAUGCAAGAUGACACUAAGAGUGUGUCCCAAAUUGCAUCCUAUUUCCUAUAUAGUGCAUUACUUUUGACCAGAGCUAUGAGGCCCUAGUCAAACGUAGUGCACUAUAUAGGGAAUAGGGAGCUCUGGUUAAAAGUAGUGCACUAUAUAAGCCAGGGAAUAGUGUGCCAUUUCAGAUUUUCUCUAAGGCUUUAUACCACUGUAAUAUUGUUGAUUUGUAAAUAUGCAUAAUGUUAUUAUGAUGUUUGAGGUGUAAUUAUUUAUCUGUUUUAAAGGUAGGCCUACUUUCCACAACAUGAUGUCUCCAUACACAGCGGGAGAAAGGAAAGGGCAGAGCAGUAUGUUCCCCGUCCCUAACUGCUGAAGCCACACGUCUUUUCUAAAGAGAGGUUUACUACGUCAAAGUUUUACUGGAGAUUAUGUAUGAAUAAAUUAUAGCUUUUAUGUCAUAAUAAACAUUGUGUCGAUGGUCA